AUGGCCGACGAAGAUAUGGAUGUAGACUCCCCGGACCCUCGAGGGACCAAACGAACCGCCGCUGAAGCUGGUCUUCCCCCUCAACCAUCCAGGAAAAUCCAGUGCGACGACCUGGGAAUCCUUUGUGAGAGAUUCACCACUUCCAAGCUCAAAGCGUUUGAAGACCUGUCGUCCAUCGGCACCUAUGGCUUCCGCGGUGAGGCUCUGGCGAGCAUUAGCCACAUAGCUCAUCUCACCGUCACUACUAAGACCGCUGGUUCCAGUUGUGCCUGGAGAGCUCACUAUAGCGAUGGCAAAUUGGUUCCCGCAAAGCCCGGCCAAACUGCAGAACCCAAGCCGACUGCUGGCCGAGGCGGCACUCAGAUCACUGUGGAGGAUCUCUUCUACAACGUCCCUACGCGACGUCGGGCCUUUCGUUCUUCAAGCGAAGAAUACGCGAAAAUCCUCGAUGUCGUUGGCCGCUAUGCGGUACAUUGCUCUGGGGUCGCCUUCUCAUGUAAGAAGCAUGGCGAUUCUGGUGUCAGCAUAUCCACGUCAACAAACUCUACCACGGUCGAUCGGAUUCGUCAAAUCCACGGCAGUGCAGUUGCGAGUGAGCUUAUCGACUUCAGUGUCGAUGACCCGAGGCUGGGCUUCCGUGCCUCAGGAUGGGCUAGCAAUGCAAACUACCAUGCUAAGCGGACCACUAUUCUCUUAUUCAUUAACCAUCGCUCCGUGGAAUCUUCUGCGGUUCGACGGGCCAUAGAGCAGGCGUAUUCCAACUUUCUCCCAAAGGGAGGCCACCCCUUUGCUUAUCUCGAUUUAGAAAUAGAGCCGCAGCGAGUCGAUGUGAACGUCCACCCAACGAAGCGGGAGGUCAAUUUUCUGAAUGAAGACGAGAUAAUCGGGUCCAUAUGUACUACGAUCCAACAAAAGCUAGCAACUGUCGAUUCUAGCCGAACUUUUAUGGUGCAAACGUUGCUACCAGUUGGACGAACUCAAAGUGCUUCAGUGAACUCCAACGCAGAGCCUCCAUUUGACGAUAGACAGCCGACGCCCCGGACCUUAUCUGGUACCAAACGUCCGUAUGAGAACAAUCUUGUUCGAACAGAUGCGAGCAUGCGUAAAAUAACCUCCAUGUUACCACCUGCGACGACAUCACAAGCGAGGCCGAUUCUUAACGGCAAUUCUCAAACGCUACCACUCGAAGAGGACGGCCUCCGCUACGAGAGCACAGGCCGAGAACCAACUCAGAUACGGCUCUCAUCUGUCAAAUCCCUCCGUGCUGCCGUACGAUCCUCUAUGCAUAAUAACCUCACAGAACUCUUCGCAUCUCUAACCUACGUCGGGCUCGUGGAUGAACGACGGCGGAUUGCAGCGAUACAAUCAGGCGUCAAACUCUUCUUAGUCGACUACGGGAUGAUCAGCAGCGAAUUCUUCUACCAAGUAGGUCUUACGGACUUUGGAAAUUUUGGUAAAAUAAACCUUGAAUCCUCCCCACGACUCGUGGACCUGCUCUCCCUAGCUGCCGCGACAGAACGUGACGAAUACCGUCGUCAACAAAGUGCUUCUGCUGCUGCUGCUGCAACAAAGGAACAGUCAGCAGCAGCAGAUAUCGAAUCUGUCGACUUCGACAGGAUAGUCACCACAAUAGCAACCCAACUCAUCGAGCGCCGUGAAAUGCUCGACGAGUAUUUCUCCCUCACCAUCUCCGAAGACGGUAACCUCCUCUCCAUCCCCCUCCUGCUAAAGGGGUACAUGCCCUCUCUCGCCAAACUACCCCGCUUCCUCCUCCGGCUGGGCCCAUACGUCGACUGGACAGACGAAGAGGCCUGCUUUCGUACAUUCCUCCGUGAACUCGCCGCCUUCUACACGCCAGAACAACUACCCAUCGCCCCCCUUAUCGUCCCCAGCAGCAGCAACAAGAACAACAACUCGGCUCCCCCUCCCACUACAAAACCGGCCGCACGCAAAAGCGAGACAGAAACAGCGACCUCCUCCCAAAGCACAACAUCGCAAUCACACCCAUCACCAUCAUCAUCACCGUCAUCAUCGAGCGAAAGCCAUCCCUCGAACCCCAACGAACCCGCACAAACCCCCCCUACAAACAGCCCAAGCAACCCGCCCAAACAGCCAUCACAGCCACAAAGAGAAGACGAAGCCAUCGUCCGGCGCCGCGCGCAGCUGUCCUGGACGCUGGAGCACGUGCUCUUUCCCUCCCUGCGCGCGCGGCUUGUCGCGACGAACGACCUCGUCAGGGGGGUUGUGGAGGUGGCUGAUCUAAAGGGGCUGUAUAGGGUGUUUGAACGCUGUUGA